CCAACUGGUUGCUAGGCUGCAUGAAGUAAUGAUUAACCUAGAAACAGGUACUGGUAUUUACAGCCACACCUAAGGUAUAAUUACUCAUUUGCAAUAAGUGUGGGGGCUUUUGUGUUGAAAAUGUAAACCAAAUGGCAAAUAAAUGUAGUCUUCAAAACUCUCUGUGAACGGAUAUACAAGAAAUACAGUAGAAACUGCCUUCCCUGCCAGUCAUCUCCAUAAAGUAACAUGAGCUCUGGAUUCUGAACAAGUAGGAAGUGAAAGCCGAGAGGGGCUUUGGAGUGCCAAAGUGCUGCAUGCCUUGUCAGUGACUGCUGUGUGGCCUUUGUCUGAGCUUUUAGCAUUUUAACUCCUUUCUUAUAACUGGAUUACAAAGAUGUGAAGACCCACUCUGGCGGUGGCCUUAAAGGGAAACCUUUUUUUUUUCAAAAGCACAGCCCUUUACAACAAUGACUGCUGUGACCACACUGACAAAAACUGGCUAUGAAGUAGUGACAAGAGAAGAUCCUGAGGAGGAGCGCUCUGUAAUGUUUUAUGGCUCCAGUGCCUCACAGUACAGAGAGGAAAUUGAGUACAUUAAAAAGAUACGCUCUAAACUGGAGAAAGUACGAACGCAGGUAUUUGGAGAUGACUGUGAUGGUUAUAGAAGACAGACAUCAGGAGAUGAGGUACGGAAUCAAACCCCAUGGAAUUCAAGUGACUCUGAGACAAGAGCCACCAGCUUCUACUCCAGAUAUCAUCAGAUCUUAGAAGAUAUCAAAGAAAAGGACCGUCAGCUCUAUCACAUCAAGUUGGAGAACCAGGAGCUAGAAAUCAGGCUCGAAGCAUCACGAGAGGCUGGGGCUGGGGCCCUGAGAAAUGCAUCAAGAAAACUGUUUGACAUGUACCAAACUCGACUGGAGGAAGCUAGGAGGAAACACUUGGAAGACAAACAGAUACUCCAGGCUUACACUGAGGAACAGGCGCAGAAUUUAAGGAAACGCAUGGAGAUGGCAUCAACCCUUGAAAAAAAGCAAACCAGUCUCUCAGAACUGGAAAAGCGGAUAGAAAGAAUGGAAAAUGAAAAGAAAGUGCUGAUGGAGAGAAAAGAAUUCAUUGAAAAAGAGAUUCUGUCAAUGUCACAUAACCAUCCAGAUGAUAUUAAAAGCUUAAGGACUUGCCAAAUGGAAGCAGCUGCUCUUCGGGAGAAAAUUUCCCAUCUUGAUGACAUGGUUCUCAGCCAGAACAGAAAACUACGGAGUUCCAUACAGCAAAUUGAGCAGUUAAACAGAGAGCUGUCCGGUCAAGACAAAGUUAUAUGGAGCCUGCAUGAAAGACUUCUCUUGGCAGAAGCACAGAAUAAAGAACUGAAGUACAAGGUAGAUUUCUGGUCCAGCCAGCACCCUGAGGUAGUUUCAACUACAGUAUCAGUUAGCUCACUUCCACUGAAAAGGAAGUUUCCCCUGCUGAGGCUCACAACUGUCUCACACACCGGAACUUCAUAUGGACUUCAGUCCAGUGGCACUGCCUGCUAAUACAAAGACAGUAGCUGCUCGUUAAAGGAAUAGUCAUCUCCAGCUGGUUGACUUUUCAUUUACAAAGUGGAAGAAAGAGAAAUAUAUCAUCGGAACAUCUGGGCUGAUUUCCGGGAGAGAAAACACAAUUCUUCAGUCCAGUCAUAAGAACUGCCCUUUAAGAGCUCUCUAAUCCUGUUCAAUAUUGGAGAAAUACAGGUAGGACAAAAAAAUGGAAACACCAAUGUCAAGUCACUUAAUAGGGCAUUGGGCCACCAUGUGCAGCCAGUACGGCCUGUAUGCGCCGUGACAUACAUCUACCAGCCUCUGCAGGAGGGAUGUGGCUCCAUUAUUCCACUAGAAAGUCAAUCAACUCACACCUGGUUGAUGGAGGUGAAAAACACUGUCUGAGGCGUUGUUCCAGAAUAUUCCAUAAAUGCUCGAUUGGGUUCAGAUCUGGUGUCUGAAAAGGCCAUGACAUCUGGAUAAUAUCAGUGUCAUGCUCAUCAAACCAUUGGGCGACCACACGUGCUCUGUGGAUGGGGCAUUGUCAUCAUGGAAGACACACACCCACCCCCGGCAAGAAAGAAAUGCUGCAACAGGGGGUGAAGAUGAUCACUCAGUACCAUUAAGUAGCAAUUUGCAUUGACCUUGCCUUC